AUGUCGGCAUUUCUCGCAGAGCUAGAAAUUUCGGGGGCGGAUUCUGGUGCGAUUGUGUCUACCGGAAAAACCAUACGCCUCCUGUCGACCAAAUUAGUUCCCACAGAAAUAGGUUUAGCAUAUCCCCACGCAAUUUCGUUGCCUUUAGAAUUUACAGCAUACAAGUCGAAUCUCAUAUCAUCCGAGAGCACAAGUGGAUAUACAUUCCCUUUCUUCACUAGCUUCUUAACAGGGCAUAAGUUUUUCGCUCGGCCUAGUUCGCUAUACUCGUAUCUCAGGUCCGGAAAAGCCAAAAGGUCGAAACUUGUGAGAAAAUUGACCCAACACUUUCGGUUCACUUCUGAUGGUCCAGACAGUGUUGUACUUGAGGCUCAGUCUCAUGGUACAAUCCCCUACUGCACGGCCCAACUGAGUAGUAUCCGGAUUCAAGAGGCGACACGCGAUGCCGGACAGCUCGUUGUUCUUACCAUCCCACGAAGCCUCCCCAAUCAAAGUCGACUCAAUGCCGAAUUCUUGAUUGACUUGAGCUUGAGAACAGCUUCAAGAUUGACAGUCGUGAUCCCGUCAACUGCCCCAGAAGUAGAUCCAACCAAACAGAGCCUUUUGGAGAUUUCGGACCAGAAGCCGGAUUCUGAGCUUGAGAAGCUUUCCCGAGAAGUAAUAGGUUUGAUUCCCUUCUUUCGGGGGAAAGAGUUUGUUUCCGCCUGUGAACGCAGAGGGUCGGAGAAUAGGAGAAGUGGUGGUGGACUCAGGGACAAAGGAAGAACAGUGAUCAGAAUGAAAGUGAGAAGAAAAAAGAAGCUCAAGGAGGAGGUAAACCAAGAAGAAUGCAUUGUAGCAAAAAGGGUUCAACCCAAAACAACUAAGAAGAAGAAGAAGAAGAAGAAGAAGAAGAAGAAGAAGAAGAAGAAUAACGGGAUGAGCACCUGCUCGUGUUUUCUCCAAUUGGGACAAAUAAAGGAACUCAUCACAAUCCUUUGCCCCAAUUUGCACGAAUUGAUUCACCAAAGUCGUCAUGAACACACGCAGGCUAGCCUUGAACUCUUGCGAGCAGCUCUUGUCUCCCUCAUCCACAUCCUGAACUCCGCCUUUAACAAGACAUCCAACUUGAGCCCCGUCCAAGUAAGCCCUACAAGACACCAGUAUAGCACGAGCAUGCUUGCAGAAAUACCCGAUGGCAAAGUUAUAAAUAAAUGUCCUCUCAUUGUACUCCAAAGAGCACUUCUCUCCCAUCACAGUGCCAUCCAUAUGGGCAUACCCAGGCUCGUUAAAGUAGGGCUUGGCAUUCAAAAUCAGCCCUUGUAUAGAAACAAGAACCUGCAACAUUGUAGACACACCUGGAAUCCACUUCUCCUUCUGACUACCACUCCAAGUGUUGAGAAGACUCAGGCACACCUUCCCACAAUUGUACAGAUUUGGGUUGAUUCUAAGGCCUCUUGA